CUGAAUCCACUCCUCCCACUUCGGUAAUUUGUGUUUGCUUGUGUCUGUGUUGUGUUGUGUUCGUUGGUGUUUGGGCUUCGUGGUCUCCCUUUCAAUCAAACGGUGUAUUCAUUCGCAAAUGGCCUCGAAAUCAGGAUCUACGCGAGAUGGAGACGACAACGACCGUAAAAAUUACAUCACGAUCAAGCUCAUGCCUUACUAUAUGAGCGACUGCUGCGAAGUCAUCAUGAUGACCGAUACGGCUGUAGAUGUGAACAAGGUCGUUGAGAGUUACAGCCAGAUACACGGGAAGGACAGCAGAGCCCUUGCAUUUGUGUAUUUCGGUAAAGUGAUGCAGUCGGGAACGAUCAAAGAGAAUGGUCUUACAGAAGGUUGCGAAGUGCAUGUGGUGCCCGCUGAACUCUUGCAGAGUUCUUGAAGAGCAUAUUCUCUAGCUAAGGAUUUAGUCGUUCAGUAUAAGCGACCUUAGUAUCACCAUAAGAGUACUAUAGUUAAUCCUAUAUAUGUGCGCAAACAUUGACGUAUAUAUUGUCAUCUUGCUGCUUCCAAAGUAAUGCUUUCUGUAAUUGCGCUUGAGCAUCUACUGUAUUGCUUUGGAUAUAUUACUUCAAUUUACUCUACGUGU